CGGGGAAUUACAGGGGUGUGGAGUUUGUAUUAAUCAGAACAUUAAGAACAUUAGGUAGUUAAACCUUGGAAGUGACGUUCACGGCUAUUGUCAUUGGCUUCGCUACUAAACUCCGGCACCAUUAUUCUCGUUUCAUUUUCCUUAUCCCUCUCCACGCAGCCGCAACGCGAUAUACGAGAAAACCUUAACAUCGGACACGAGAGAAGGGACGGGACGGGACGAGACGAAAAGUAUUACUUAGGUGUUGGUACUGCUGUUUUUCAUACUCGAAUAAUAGAUCAGGUCGGUGGUGCAGGAAUGCCAUCGGCAAUCUCCAACCAUGCCUCGAUGUCCGAGUUUCCAUCUCAACGAGAAGAAAACACGAGCGCUAUCGCCGGCAAGAUGGACAAUAUCGUCCGAAAAGCUAGCAACGUCGUCACCCACGCUACCAACCCCAAUACAAACCCAAACGCGAUCGGCGAUAGCACCCCGGUAGCAGCGAAGGGGAAACAGCCAGAUAAGCAUAGCAUAGACUAUGUAAUGCGUUCAGGUAUCGCUGGUGGUCUUGCCGGGUGUGUCGCCAAAACCACCGUCGCACCUCUCGAUCGAGUCAAGAUCCUCUUCCAGACUAGCAAUCCACAAUUUACUAAAUAUCAGGGUUCAUGGGCCGGCUUUGGGAUAGCCAUACGUGACAUCUACCAUCACGAUGGAAUACUCGGUUUAUUUCGCGGGCACUCGGCUACUCUCCUAAAGAUUUAUCCUUAUGCCGCCAUAAAGUUUGUCGCAUACGAGCAGUUUCGCGCCUUGAUCAUCGGUUCAAAUCGGCAAAAUGAAACUUGGAUACGACGUUUCUCGAGCGGUGCAAUGGCGGGUGUAUCAUCCGUAUUCCUCACAUAUCCCCUAGAAAUCAUUCGUGUACGACUAGCCUUCGAGACGAGACACCAGCGCUUUUCACUUGCCGAGAUCUGCAAAAAGAUUUACUUCGAGCAGCCCCUACCAAAGACCCCUAUCGCGACUGUCAAAUCGGGGUCCGGCCUCACAAAGAAUAUCGCUGAGGCUGCCACCUCGACCGCCCAUUCAGUAGUUCCUCGCUCCGGCCUGGUCAACUUUUAUAGAGGAUUUUCCAUGACACUUUUGGGUAUGGUACCGUAUGCUGGUGUGUCCUUUUUGACCCACGACACCGUCAGCGAUCUCUUCCGCCUACCAUCGAUUCAGGAGCGCACUACCCUACCCAAACCUUCCAAUGCGCCGGCGAACAAACCGGCACCGCUCCGUGCGUGGGCUGAGCUUACGGCCGGAGGAAUCGCGGGCGUCGUGUCGCAAACUGUAUCUUAUCCGCUGGAAGUGAUCAGGCGGCGGAUGCAGGUUAGCGGUGCUGUCGGAGACGGUCACCGGCUCCGAAUAGGAGAGACAGCAGGCAUGAUCUUCAAGGAGCGUGGGAUCCCCGGCUUCUUCGUUGGAUUAUCGAUUGGUUAUGUCAAGGUGUUGCCCCUGGCGGCAGUAAGUUUCUACACCUACGAACGAUUAAAGAUGAUUUUCAGGAUUUAGACAAAAAUCCCAUCACAAAUAAAACAUGAGAUGGAGGAUUCGUGUAGCAUGGUCGGAGUGUGGCGUUUUUACAUGGUACAUUUGGAACAUAGCUCAGGCACAGCGCGGCAAUUGGAAACAGAAUAAGAGGUCAUGGAGAGGAAGCAUAGAAGCUGUACAUAAAAACUAUGUGUAUAUGUACCUAGUAUGGAUAUACUUAGGUAUACAUGGAUAGGCAGAUAGGAUACUAUCAAACAUGGCAUACAGACAUGGAGGCUUGAUAUAUGAACGUUGGCUAUUGGUAAGUUGCAUAUGUGUAACUUCACUUCAAUCAUGAGCUCCAAGCAUACCGAGUGUCAUGCUUGGGUAUGUACCUGGGAGGUAGGUGGAUAGUAGUAUCAUAGUACUAGGUACCUUGCUA